AUGAUCGCUGUCCGGGGUCUAACGUUGACUACUGAUAUUCUUAUCAAGGAUCACCAUCCGCAGCGCUCAAUCUCCUUAGUGACACAAUCCCAUGCCUUAAUCUUUCGCCAUUCCCCUAGUCUCGAAAAGCACACUGGUGAUCACACUAGCCCACAUAACUCCUAUGCUUCAAUAGGCGAUAAGAAUAAUGGCUCAUCUUCUGCAAAUGCUCCAAGAUGCAUGGUGGAGCUCGUCGAGCUUGAGCAUGCCGAUCUCAGUGACUAUAGACGUUUGACAAAUCAGCCCUGUCUCGGCGCCAAAGAAGUUGCUUCAGUCCGUCCAGGAGAGAAUGUAUUGAGAAUUCAAGCUGUUCAAUUCCACUGUCUAAAUCGCACCGAUUAUGAUGAUUUUCUUGACAAUGAAGUAAACCCAUAUUCAGUCGAUUCUGAUGGCUGGGAUCAAGGCCGAAGUCAGCAGCCCGUCGGAUUGGAGCAUCCAUGUUUGGCUCUGAAGAAACUUCUCAGCGAUGGGACUUUCUAUUAUUCUCGAGAUUUUGAUUUGACAAAUCGACUACAAGACCGAUCACUCGACACCAAUAAUUUCGAUAUUGAUAAUUUCGACGAUGCAUUUUUAUGGAACUCUUAUAUGAUUCAACCGCUACUCAAAUUUCGAUCUCGCCUCUCGGAAUCAGAGCGUACUGCACUUGAUAAUUCAAACAUUCUUACCAGUACAAUCCGUGGAUUUGUUGAAUCACUCUUGAUACCUCGUCCAAGCACUCAAAUGGAGGGGAGAAUGAGGUCAUCAGGAUUACCGGCUACAUUAACAUUGAUAAGUAGGCUUAGUUGUCGAAGGGCCGGAACCCGAUUUAACUCGAGAGGUAUCGAUGAUGAUGGACAUGUGGCAAAUUUUGUGGAAACAGAAACUGUAGUAUGGGAUCCCGGUUCAAAUGGUCGCAGCCUUGGUUUCAGUUAUUGUCAGAUCCGAGGGAGUAUUCCGAUCUUUUGGGAACAGCAAGCAGGUCUUUUACCAGGUCAGCAGAAGGUGCAGAUAACACGAUCUCCAGAGGCUACCCAACCGGCGUUCGACAAGCACAUGGAGACAAUUACAUUGAAAUAUGGAGCAACACACAUAGUAAACCUUCUUUCGGAGACGAAACCCGGCGAAGUGGAAUUGUCAAAUAGAUAUAUGAAACACAUUUCAAAAUCUCCCUUCGAUAACGGGCAGAGAAGAGCGGACCGGAGCGAAUCUUCUUUGUUGAUCUCGACUGAAUUCGACUUCCAUGCCGAGACAAAAGGUCCUGGCGGCUUUGAAGCAGCGAACAGGAUUAGGCAAUUUAUACAAUCAUCUGCGGACUCAUUUUCUUUCUUCCUAAUGGAAAACGUUGAUGUUAAAGCUCGUGGCCAAUCUCAUGAUGACCAGGAAGUUUAUGAAGCCGAGAAGAAACGUGGGGCCGACAGUGUAGUCUUACAGCAGGAAGGUGUUUUUAGGACAAACUGUCUGGAUUGUCUGGAUCGAACCAACCUUGUACAGGGGAUCUUUAGUCGGAUGGCUAUCGAGGCCUUUUUAGAACAUCUCAAUCACAAUGUCGGCCAAGAAUUUUGGAUGCGCCACUCAAGCUUGUGGGCAGAUAACGGUGAUGCAUUAUCAAAAAUAUAUGCUGGCACUGGAGCGUUGAAGUCAAGCUUUACACGAACGGGAAAAAUGAGCAUAGCCGGUGCCUUCGCUGAUGCUCGGAAGAGUGCUACAAGAAUUUAUAUCAAUAACUUCGCAGACAAAGACAGACAAAACACGAUCGAUGUUUUAUUGGGACGAUUAGUUGGUCAAGAAGCAGCAUACUUAUAUGAUCCUAUCAACGAUUAUGUAAUGGCCGAGUUAAAUAAAAGGUCGCCUGAAUAUUCAUACGAUAAGCCAAUUAAUAUUUAUGUUGGUACCUUCAAUCUUAAUGGCCGAAUCAACGGUUCUGAGGACGAUCUUUCCGGAUGGCUGUGUCCGCCAUUCGAAGGUGCUGAACUACAGCCAGAAUUGGUAGUUGUAGGUUUUCAAGAGAUUGUCGAACUCAGUCCACAACAAAUAAUGGCAACUACCCCGGAAAAGAGACAGAUAUGGGAACGGGCCGUGAAAAAAACAUUGAAUAGACGAUCCAAAAAAUUGGGCGGAGAGGAAUAUAUCCUUUUGCGUGGCGGACAGUUGGUAGGGGCUGCUCUAUUAAUAUUUGUCAGGUCAAGUGCUAUCGGAGACAUCAAAAAUGUAGAAGGAAGUCUUAAAAAGACGGGCAUGUCGGGAGUAGCCGGUAAUAAGGGUGCUGUUGCUAUCCGGAUGGAUUAUGCAAACACGGGAAUCUGUUUCGUCACGGCGCAUCUUGCUGCAGGGUUCUCGAAUUACGAUGAACGGAAUAGAGACUAUAAAACUAUCUCGCAUGGGUUAAGGUUCUCACGUGGACGCGCGAUUGACGACCAUGAUGCUGUGAUUUGGUUGGGAGAUUUUAAUUACAGAAUUGGACUUACACGCGAGAGGGUCCUUCAAGCGGUGGAACAUGACGACCUGCAAACCUUACGCAAGCAUGACCAGUUGAAUAUACAAAUGGAAGCGGGUCUAACAUUUCCAUACUACUCUGAAGCGAAACUGUCAUUUCCGCCAACUUAUAAAUAUGACAUUGGAACUGAUAAUUAUGAUACUUCUGAGAAGGCACGAAUUCCAGCAUGGUGUGAUCGAGUUCUAAAGAAAGGUAAUGCACUCCGACAGCUUUCUUACAACUGCGCACCAUUACGCUUUUCAGAUCAUCGGCCCGUGUAUGCAACCUUUCAAUGCACAGUAUCAGUGGUGAAUGAGACCGUAAGGGAUAAGAUGAGUAGGGAGAUAUACUUGAAGAGAAAGAGUGAAGUUGGAAAGUCCGGCAGUCAUUCCGGGAACCUUAUAGAAGAUGAAGAUGAUCUUCUGGAUUUUGAGCCACUGGAGCCCGGACUACCCCCACCAAGCUCAGAGCAACGAAAAUGGUGGUUAGACAAUGGAAUCAAAUCCGUUCACCGAAACAUCCCCAAUUUCAAAUUCGAGCAGCAUGAUUUCCAUUGCACCAUCAAAGAUUGGACCUCGAAAGCUCCCGCCGCCGUUCAAUCCGACAGACCUUCCAUUGCUCCCGCAGAGACUACCUGCCCCUCUGGAGCCCGUCAAGCGAAAAUCAGUUGUACCCCCCCAGUAGCACCACGAAAGGGCGCACCGGAAAUACCAAUGUCGUCCCAUCCCUCGACUGCAAAGCCCCCAAAACAAGCACCUCCGGCGAUCCCCAGAAAGCCAGCAGUACUCUCCUCGCGGGCCCAUCAAGAAUCACCAUCAUUACUCGACCAAGAUGUACCUUUGCCGCGUAAUAAUUUGACUGGCGGACCCGCUCCUACAAGAGAUGUCACGCCCUCAAUGAGGUUUCCGCCGCCCCCUAGGCGGGUGGGCACGACGCCAAUGCCACUACCCAUGGGCAACACUUUGGCACGAUCUUAUACCUUCCGGGAUGACACACGCGUGUCAAACCCAAACCCGGCUCUGCCCCCUCGCAGGCAGGACGCAAAGGCCCGCAGCGUGAUGGACGAGGAUGAGUUGCCGACCAUGUCGUCCUGGCAGCCGUUACGUCCCGCUUGA